ACCUUUUACUUAGGAGUUUGUAUCCGUUAAACCCCUCUCUUCGAAACCUUUCAACGCUUAAAGCCUAGUAUUUUAGAACUGAAGAAAUCGAAUGAUUUCCCUUCUACCAAACAUUCUUAAACAUCAACGUCUCUCUGUUAUCUCGCAGUUUUUCUCCCACGUUCCAGAGAAAAGUUUCAAGGCCCACGCACACGCUUCACCUCGCAGGGUACAAUGUCGGUUUCCGGUGAAGUCCAAGCCUCCGAUGACUCUCUCCCCCACAAGCUCAACUCCAAGACCUCAUUUCUCGGCCUGAAACUGUACUUCGUGAUCGGAAUUCUCUUGCUUUGUGCGAUCGCAGUUUUCCUAGUGAUCUUUAUCUAUUUUUCUCUGAACAAAAAAUAUCGGAAGCGCAAAAUGCGUGUGAAGCAUAGCUCGGGGCUAAUACCGCUGGUCUCCAAGGAGAUCGUGGAGAUCAAGUCCUUGAAUCGCGAAGUCAAUUAUGAGAAGGCGGAGGUCAAAAUUAGUAAUGCGGAUUUGAAAGAGCCGGAGGUUGAGGUUGAGAUUAAAGGAGGAAAAAGGAGUGGAGAGAGUGAGGUGUCCGGGGGAAGCCGGAGUGACGUUUCGGUGGAUCCUGAGAACAUCGGGUGGGGCCGCUGGUACAGCUUGAAGGAGCUGGAGAUGGCUACACGUGGAUUCGCCGUGGAGAACGUGAUCGGAGAGGGAGGUUAUGGUAUUGUUUACAGAGGAAUCUUGCAGGACGGGUCGGUGGUGGCCGUGAAGAACCUUCUUAACAACAAGGGUCAGGCAGAGAAGGAGUUCAAGGUGGAAGUUGAAGCCAUAGGGAAAGUAAGGCAUAAGAACUUGGUGGGUCUAAUCGGCUAUUGUGCUGAAGGUGCGCAAAGGAUGCUUGUGUACGAGUACGUUGAUAAUGGCAAUUUGGAGCAGUGGUUGCAUGGUGAUGUUGGCUCAGUUAGCCCACUGACCUGGGAUAUUCGAAUGAGGAUUGCCAUUGGCACAGCAAAAGGGCUAUCCUAUUUGCACGAAGGAUUAGAACCCAAAGUCGUACAUCGCGAUGUAAAAUCCAGUAACAUUCUUCUAGAUAGAAAAUGGAACCCCAAAGUGUCGGAUUUUGGACUGGCCAAGCUCUUGGGAUCAGAGGCAAGCUAUGUGACUACUCGUGUAAUGGGGACCUUUGGAUACGUAUCUCCCGAGUAUGCAAGCACGGGUAUGCUUAGUGGGAGUGAUGUGUAUAGCUUUGGGGUUUUACUCAUGGAGAUAAUUACAGGAAGAAGCCCGAUUGAUUAUUCAAGACCAGCUGGAGAGAUGAACUUGGUUGAUUGGUUUAAAGGGAUGGUAGCAAGUCGUCGUGGAGAAGAGCUUGUGGACCCCUUGAUUGAGGUUCAGCCCCCUCCCAGAGGUUUAAAGCGGGCAUUGCUGGUUUGUCUCCGGUGUAUAGACUUGGAUAUCAACAAGCGUCCCAAGAUGGGGCAAAUUGUUCAUAUGCUCGAGGCAGAUGACUUCCCUUUUCGUUCGGAAAUUCGAUCGGCACGGGAGAAAGACCCCAUCCCAUCCGGUGCAGAUUUGUCCACUAAAACUGAGCAUACAUACAAGAAUGGCGGGUUGGUGAUAUAGAUAAAUCAAGAUGGAGAUGAUCAUUUUCUACACUACACAUCUUUUAGUCUCUGAGGUGUGUGAGUUAUACAUCCACUCUAA